GCGGCCAGUAGCCAUGCAGAGCGCCGGUCCCGGCGGCGUCCCCGCCCUGCACCUGCUCACCACCUAUUUCCUCGACAGCCUCCUUGGCGGGACCGGGGGUCGCGCCGGCCGGGACGCCGUCUUGAAGGCCCAGCCUCCCGGAGCCCUGCAUCAGGUACCGCGGGGGGAAGAGGAAGAAGCGGAGCCGCAGCAGCAGAAGAAGCCGGGCGGCCGCGCGGAAGAAAAGCAGCCGGGCGAGCGAGGGCUGGUUCCCGGGCCGGGAGUCCCAUCCAGCGUCGGCGACCCCCCUGAGCCGCAGAAGCGCAAGCAGCGCCGCUACCGCACCACCUUCAGCCACGUCCAGCUGCAGGGCCUGGAGAGCGCCUUCCGGAAGUCCCACUACCCCGACGUCUUCACCAGGGAAGAACUUGCGAUACAGUUAGACCUUACGGAAGCUCGAGUUCAAGUCUGGUUUCAGAACCGAAGGGCGAAGUGGAGGAAACGGGAAAAAGCAGAGAUUCCAGGAGGCAGGGCUGGCAUCUCUUGGACCCCACCUCUGGGCUUGUACUUGGACAUCCCACUGAGCCAGACACCCCUCUUGGAGUCCACCUGGAGAGCGUUGCCCAUUUCCACGGUUGCCGUGCCUCCUAUGGCCCCAGCGUUCAGCCCAACAACUUUGACGCCCUUCAGCCUCGGUAGCUUUGCUUGGACGUCCCUUUUCCGAAAUUCGAUGUUAAGCCCUCAACUUGGAAGGUUUCUUAGUGCGUUAAAUCCUUUGAUGGCCACCACCUCAGUUCUAAUGAAAGCUCCGGCCAACGCGGUGGUCACCACCUUCACCGAUCCUCUCCUGGCUGAGACAAAACACUCAUAUCCGGCAGACCUGCGGAUGAAAGGCAAAGACUGUUCUCCACAGAUGCCUCCUUUGAACCUGACACUGAAUCACAGGAAUACUGAGAAGGUUCUUUACUAAUGGGUCUUCAACCAGGGAAGGUUUUCUGUUGGCCAAGACGCAUCAAGGUCUCUCCUAACACGGACACCCAGAAAGAGCAUGGCUUUUACCCCUUGAUCUAAGGUGUUGCCUUGUACAAUUCAUCUCUUUUCAUGCCUGGAUCGCUUCUUGAAGAAAGACUGGGUUUUUUUUAUUUAAAAGGGGGAAUGUGGGGGAGGGUAUUCAUUAAGAAUUAACCCUGCCGUGGAAAGUCGGGGCUUAACAAAAAAAAAAUCUUGCAAAUGGGAUGGGCCUUGUUUGUUAAGAUUUUUUGGGAAAGUAGAACUUUGUUUCGUUUUGGAAACCAGGAAAACCCAUGCUGAGCCCAUCAUGGAUGGAAGCCACGUGCUCCAACAGAUUCCUGUUUUGUAAGCGAGGAGCGUGGCCAAUAUUACUGUACCCAAGGAGAGUGUAUGGCUGAAGCUGAGGAAAUCUGUGGAAAAGGACCGAAUUUCAACACAAUGUUUUCAUCCUAGUUGCAGUCAUUUAAACCAUUCGUUCAAAUAAGUUCAGAGUCACGUUGCCUAAAAUCCAUUGGCUACAGUCUUGAUUUUCUCAGUGUCAAACGCCCCAGAUGAUUGAGGGUUUGACUUGAGACAGACGAUUGCUCUUCGGAAUAACUAUGAAAUGUCUUCAAGUUAGCAGACAAAAUUGGUUUGGAUAAACAUUGCGUCCGCAGCCUUUGGUGCACGAUGCAUGUAAAACAAAUGGAAUUUUUAGACCUGCGUUUUUUUUGUUUUUUUUUUAAAAAACAUACCUUUCACGAUUGUUACUUUGGCUACUAGGGCUUGGCAUUAGGAUUUCACAAGCAAGUAUAUGAGUGCUAGGUUGAAUUCAACACAUGUUGGAUGCAAUGAGAUGAAUAAAAGGAGAGGAUUUUUUGCAAAUUAAUUUGGACAAAUUAAUUCAGAGGUGAUGCCGGUCUGUACAUUUUCUCUUUGAGAUAAACUACACAAGGGAGUGAUUGUUAAAACAAACCAGGGAAAUGUUUUGCAAUAUUAAAAGCUUGAAUGUGCUUAUUAUUAUUUAAAGUGAUGUAUAUAGUCAGCUCUAAUGGCUCAGUUCAUAUAUACCAUAUCUAAUUAUAAUAGGAAGAAAUAGCUCAGAAAAUUAUAUUGGCCCAUAACGGUAUAGAUUCUCCUGCUUGAGCAGGGGGCUGGACUAGAAGACCUCCAAGGUCCCUUCCAGCUCCUAUUCUAUUCUAUUCUAUUCUAUUCUAUUCUAUUCUAUUCUAU